AGGAGGUUAGCCUUCUUUGACUCCCGUGGCUGUUCAUUCGAAAAUUCCAUGGUUCCAGUAAAAACCCCAAAGAGAAAAACAUCCACAACAACAAAAUGGUUGCCGCUGAUCGCAUGCGUCUAGCCCAUACUUGACCCGGUUACAAUCGGCGACUUGUAUGAUUGGUGCGAAGAGCGGCUAGGCAGUUGAAGCCGAGAAUGAUCAUGCAGAAAGGUCGACGUAGCAUCUUGGGUGUCUCUGUCAUUUUUGCGCUGGCAACCGCAACUUUGACGCAAGCGUUCUGCUUGCUGUGUGGAGAAGAAGGAGUGGAUGGACUGGAACGCCCCGACUUUAAGGUCGACCAAUGGGGUAAAACAUGCUCGCAGCUUAUGCUAGAAUUAGCUCUACAGUAUGACGAAGGGGAUGUUGGAUGCGACGACUCCGUCGAUUCCUUCGGUGCCAUGUGCUGUGACGAAGAAGAGCCAGAUCCAAUCCAGCAGACACCUACCAGCGCGCCAGUGUACACCGGUCCGAUGGGAGACUAUCCCCCGUGUCCUAUAUGCUAUAAUGGAAACUACCCCGGCAACCCAGCAAUGGUCAUCAAUAUACUUGGAAUAGGAGCAGAUUCGUGUAGAAUGUACUACCACUAUGGCGAACGAGGCUUGAUCCGUACGGAACUGUGUGACACUCUGCAGAGUUUUGCCUUCGAUCCUUGCGGCUGUGACAAGACCGCACCACCUAGUUCGCAGUCAGGACCUCUUCCUCCCGCGGCAGCUCCAGCUGCAGGCACGCCAUCUAGGACUCUCCCCCCAGCAGCUUCACCAACUGCGUCCUCACCAACAGGGGGAGGUUCCGACACUGGGGGUUCCGACGCGGGGGAUGCUCUACUUGCCUUGCUGCAAUUUAUUUUGUCGCUUUUACAAGGCUAGCUAGGAGGUUGCUUUGCUGCUGCAACGUUGUGGGGAGUAUUGUAUUGGGUUCACGUACAUGAUGCAACUAAUAGAGGUACCGGUAUAGGUAAAGGAGUCAGCGAUAGCUGUAAACCUGCCAUGGUGCAUGUAAGGUUGGGCAUUAGUGUGUUUAUGGAUGCAUGUAGUAUUGUAUGGUUUGCUGGUUGUAUGCGUAUCAGUCUAUGCGUUGAUGCCUUUGGGGUUCGUAGAUGCAAAAUCCUCGUUGUCGCUGCACGGGUUUCCUCUUUCUACUGGUACCUGCCCUGCCCGUGCGAUGUAUUUUUUGUAUGAGAUUGGUUUCAUCUCAUAUGAGCCGCAGCCUCUUUUGUGAUAUGUAUUGAGGGGAGUGAAAUGCUUCGUGCAGUCAGAUCAGAGCAUCAUGAUGGAGUGUCAUGCCCCCGCCAGUUCAUUCAUGUUUCUUCCCUCUCAUUCACUCAAAACAGGAACCAAACACAUCAUCAUCCUCUUCCACGUCAUUUCCCUCCGAGU